GGGCGCGCCUGUGCGUCACUUCCGCUCAGGGCGCGCUUCGCCGCAAACCGCGAGAGAGUCCCCGCACACACCCCCAAUUCGAUUUCCCCGGGAGCGCUCUCUCUACUCCGGUGACGGCUCUCGUGUUGGGAGCUCGAGUUACUACUUUUCUAUAGGAAAAAGACAAGCAAACUCGUGUAGGUCCUCGUAUUUGAGAACUUUUUUAGGUUAACUUGACAUUAUCCAGUAGAUAAGUUAAAGGAACUAACAAGGAGGUGAAACUGACCCAAAACCUACACAUAAGAUCAAGUCUUGUUAAAAUAUGUUUAAAAGUAAGACAAUCUGAAGAAAGUCCAGUGCCUCAGAAAUUCUGACUUUGAUAAGGUGUGUCAUCCAAGCCAGGAGUAAGAGUGAAGAGAAACCUUUGCCUCCUACUAAAAUGAUGGAGGCAGAAGGACAGCAGUGGCCAUGCAAGACAGACUUUUACAUGCAAUUGCCAAAAGUGGAGCUUCAUGCCCACUUGAAUGGCUCCAUUAGUGCCAGUACCAUGAAGAAAUUAAUAGCCAAGAAGCCACAUCUUAAUGUUCACAGUCACAUGACCAUGAUUGACAAGGGAAAGAAAAGGACUUUAGAAGAAUGUUUCCAGAUGUUCCAAGUUAUUCAUCAGCUUACUACUAAUGCUGAGGAUAUCCUAAUGGUCACAAAAGAUGUCAUUAAGGAAUUUGCAGAUGAUGGCGUCAAGUACCUGGAGCUGAGGAGCACACCCCGAGGAGAAAAUGCUACGGGAAUGACUAAGAGGACUUACGUGGAAUCCAUACUUGAAGGCAUAAAACAGUGCAAACAAGAAAACUUAGAUAUUGAUGUUAGGUAUCUGAUGGCAAUUGACAGAAGAGGUGGCCCGAGAGCAGCCAAGGAGACUGUUGAACUCGCUAAAGAGUUCUUCCUCUCUGCUGGGGAUACAGUUCUUGGCCUUGACCUCAGUGGAGACCCUACUGUAGGACAAGCAGAAGACUUCUUGGAACCUCUUUUAGAAGCUAAAAAAGCAGGUCUGAAGUUGGCAUUGCAUCUUGCAGAGAUUCCAGAUAAUAAAAAAGAAACACAGAUGCUGCUGGAUCUGCUUCCUGACAGAAUUGGGCAUGGGACAUUCCUCAACUCCUCCGUGGGAGGGUCCCUGGAUCAGCUGGACUUUGUGAGACAACACCGGAUACCUCUUGAGCUUUGUUUGACCUCAAACAUCAAAAGCCAGACAGUUCCUUCUUAUAAGCAGCAUCACUUUGGAUUCUGGUACAGCAUUGCCCAUCCUUCUGUGAUCUGUACCGAUGAUAAAGGUGUUUUUGCGACAUACCUUUCUCAAGAAUAUCAGCUGGCAGCGGAAACAUUUAAUUUAACCCCAUCUCAGGUGUGGGAUCUGUCUUAUGAAUCCAUCAACUACAUCUUCGCUUCUGACAAUACCAGGGCUGAACUGAGAAAGAGAUGGAACCACCUGAAGCCCAAAGUGUUACACUUUUAAGCUGUGAUGAGGCAAACUACUUUGGAGUAUGUAAUGCAACCAAGAUCUUCCUGCCACAUCCCACUCCGUGAACUGUCCAAUACUUCCCCUGAGCAGCCAAAUAUAUAUGGGGUCUUAACUCCACACGUUCAUAUGCUGAGUGCUCAGUAAGAGCCCUGAGGUCUUGCAUGGCUUUACCUCCAUGCUGCUUGCUGGAGGAUUUUUGUUAACAGAAUCCCUCAUUCCACUAGUGACUUUCUUCUUUCACUUUCACUCCCUCCCCAAAGUGACCAUAAAACUUCUGGGAAAUUGAA